CCACUUUAUGCUAAAAUUAGGUUGAUAAUAAACUUUAUAUAAUCGAGACAAACCGAGCAAAUAAAUUGCAAAAAAAAUUACAUUUUAUUCCGACGCGAUGUCGCUCAAACCUCUGCGGUGCCUUUAAAUCAGUAGCCCCGCCUCCAACACUCUCUACGUCAUCUCAAAUCCCAAACAAAUAUGGCGCCGCCCUCUUCCAGCAUUCCUCUCCCCAUUCUAAUUAUUUUUGCGCUUUUUUCACUUCUGAUGGCGGUGUUCUGCUUCACCGGUUCGGGCAUCUUUUGGCCGCUGGUGUCGGUGACGGUCGUGGGCCUCACGAUUAUGCUUUGCUGCCUGUUGAGGCGGCGGGACGGUGACAGCGAGCAGCGGGUGUGCGUGCUGGUGCUUGGGGACAUCGGUCGUAGUCCCCGCAUGCAGUAUCACUCGCUGUCGCUCAGUAAACAUGGAUUUCAAGUCGCUCUUGUGGGAUAUUUAGACAGCCUACCUCACCGAGACGUGUUGAGGGACGACAGGAUUCAAAUCGUCCCCAUUGCAGAAGUCAAAGGCAUCAGAGGUGGCCCAAAGAUUUUGACCUAUGUGACCAAAGUGGCCAUUCAGUUUGCACAAGUUCUGGUGGUUCUACUGAUGCUGAAACCACAUGCUCACAUACUCAUGCAGAACCCUCCCGGUUUGCCGGGCAUGGCCUCGGCGUGGCUAACGUGCGUCCUCCGAGGCGGCCGCUUGCUGGUCGACUGGCACAACUACGGCUACACCAUCAUGGCGCUCAGCCACGGCCACGCACACCCCCUUGUGCGCCUCGCAAAGUGGUACGAGCACGUGUUUGGUCCUCUGGCGUCCCAGCACUUGUGUGUGACCAAAGCCAUGAAGGAAGACCUGCACAGGAACUGGGGCAUCAAGGCGACCACUCUCUACGACAGACCCGCAGACAUCUUCAAAGAAACGCCACUGGAGAAGCGGCACCAACUUUUUGUGAGGCUUUCGCGCGCAUAUCCCGCCUUUCGGCACAGCAGGCAUGAUGAUGAUGAUGUUAGGGAGAAGAAAGAGAAGACCGUCUUCUCUGUGCGAGACCUUGACAACAACACGAUAACUUUGAGGCCAGAUCGCCCCGUGUUGCUCAUCAGCAGUACCAGCUGGACAGAGGAUGAAGACUUCUCCGUCCUUCUGCAGGCUCUUCAAGAAUACGAAGAGUUCAUAUUAGCGGGGGAGACUCUGCCGCCGCUCAUCUGCGUCAUCACGGGAAAAGGUCCUCAGAAGGAGCGCUAUGUGAAGAUGAUUGACGGUCUACAUUUGGAGCAUGUGAAGAUCUGCACGCCCUGGCUGGAGGCGGAAGACUAUCCUGUCUUGUUAGGUUGUGCUGACCUUGGCGUAUGUCUGCACAAGUCUUCCAGCGGUCUGGACCUGCCCAUGAAGGUGGUGGACAUGUUUGGAUGCUGCCUGCCCGUGUGUGCCAUCCACUUCCAGUGCCUAGAGGAGCUGGUGAAGCACGAGUUGAAUGGUCUGAUCUUCAUCAACAGCCCGCAGUUGGCCCAGCAGCUCAAGAGUCUCCUGUCAGACUUCCCCAGCUCUGACAGCAAACUGGGCACUUUCAGGAGGAACCUCCGUGCCAGCAGGGGGCAGCGCUGGGACGACAACUGGGACCAAAACGUCCUUCCGCUCUUGUCCUCAUUGUCAUCUUCUUCUAGGUGACUGUACAGGGACUCGAACCCAACUGCGGCUAUGUUAAAUUGUAACUGAACAUUCCACUUUUGUAAAUAAUAAAAAACUUUAUUGACACGCAAA